AUGCCUCUUCUGGAGGGUUUCGAGGAGGAGGUGCCUGAGCCUGGGCCGAGCACCAGCGACAAGUGGUGCCAGCCCGCAAUUGCACGCUGGUCCGUGAAACAACCGCGGCCAGUUCCGAACUUGGAGAGGGCGGCGGCGACACCGUCAAAGUCAGAUGACAUCGCGCAUGUUGAGCAGUGCGAUGACCCAUCCACAUGCCCCUGCUGCUUGUACCUCCGGCAGAAAGAGCACUGGAGCAAGGCACGGUACAUGCCUAUGCAUAUCCGUCGAACUGUGGCCAAGCUUGAGUCGGAAGGGCGGACGGUGGGAACUUGGCUGAUGCCAAUGCUGGACGAGGACGGGAAGUGGGGUCUGGGUUGCUGGACAUGCAAGGAAGCCGGCCUGGUCACGGCGUGGGCUGAAGGCCGAGUGUUGACGUCAUCGCUGGGCAAUGUUCGCCGCCACGGCGACAGCAAGCAGCACAGAGAGUCCACCGCUAAGUGUGGGCUGGAUGGGGACGAUGCUGACAUGACGAUGGCUGCGCCGAGCCUGGAGUCUUUCCGCAGUGUCCUCCAUCACCGGCAGGAAGGCCGCCCUUUGCGCAGCAAGCUGGACAGCAUGGGCUCGUGGAAGAUUGGCAAGAUGACCUUCUGUCUGGCCGAGGCUGCCCGCGAAAAGGCACGCGAAGCCCUGCGCAGCGCGGAGUCCAUUGCAAUGAAAGUAGAUUCCCGCGAGGGUAUGCUGCUUGUCCGGUACACAGCCUGCAACUCGAAUCUCGAUGUGAGCACUGGCCUUCUGGGACACAAGUUUGUGAACGAGAGGGAGACUGCCUCAGCUAUAGUGCAGUGCUUGCGUGGCAUGGUUACAAGCUUCGCGACGAGCAACAUUGAUGGCGUGCUGGAACAAGCGCUCGUGGACCACAUCCACCAGAAGGUAGAGGUCUUCUGCGCGGAUAAGGCCUCGAAUGAGCAGUUGCUGGCCGUAUGGCGGGUCCUGAAGCGGCCAUGGGCGGUGAUAGAGCCUAUCCAGUCUCUCUUGGAGGAGUGGAUUUGGGGCGCAAGCUCCGUCACGCAGCUGAUCGAGCACAGCCCGGCUCUGGCCAGCGUUUAUCGCGCUCACUGCCAGCGACUUGAGGACAUUCCUGUCAAGGCUUCCCGCGUCAGAGACCUUCGCGCGGCCAAGCAUCGGUUCGCUAGUUUGCAGAAACCGCUCGGCCGCGCUGUCCUCACGUGGGAUGCUAUGCUCAGCACGAUCCUGUGGGCAGCCGCGAACCGCUCAGGAGUCGACCGGCAGCGCUGCCUUGCGUGCCUCAAGACUGUCAGCGAGAGAUCCCUCACUCUGAUGGCAAUGAGUGCUGAUGUGGCUGAUGAGAACAUACGAGUUCUUCGGUAUGCAGACACAGAAACAUUCGAUGCCGCAGAGUUCUCGGAAGAGCUCGCUCGCUUGAUCGAUCGCUUACACUUUCUCAUCAACAAGGGCGGGAUACUCACAUCUGGGUACACCGAGUUCAUGAUUGACCGACUGCAGGAGCAGCGCGGGUUUCUUCUGGACAACGAGGCCCGGACUCUGGGUGGCAAGGAUCGGGUCACAUCGGACCUGCUGCUGGACUACUGCGAUAUCUUCAAGGCAUACGUUCGCUUGGCCGUUCAGACCAUUCACCAGGAGUUUCCGUGGCAUGACGUCUUCAGUGCCCUGUCCAUCUUCAACAUUCGCAGCAAGCGGAAAGCCGAAGAGGACCUGGUGUGGACAGACGAGCGGACAGCAAGACUGGAGAGACCAGCCCAAGUCUUCCAUGUGGAUCCCUUGGCUCUCAAGAUGCAGUUCAUGGAUCUGGAACCAGUGGCCCGAUUUGAGGCAGCCAGUGCUGGAAGCACCAGCUAUGAUGCAUGGAAGACAGCUGUGCUACGCUGCCGACGCGCACGGCGGCAAGUGCGCGAGCGGCACUGCCUGGAUGCACUCCUGCAAGUGUUGAUCAGGUAUGGAGCCUUCACUGGCCUGAGCACUUCAGGUGUGGAGCAGUCAUUCUCCAGGCUGCAGCGCUUCCAGCCGCCAGAGAGAAGAUGCAUGCACGCAGGGACGGCCUUGGACGAGGCUUUCUUAAUUCUGCUGCCCGACCACUGUCCGCGGGAUCCACUUUGUGCCCGGGCUCGAGAGAUCUGGCUGCAGAACUUUGAGCCACCUCGCGCAAGUUGCGCCAGCCGCUUGGAUCGGGGAGUGCCAAAACGGAAGGCAGGGGUGGAACGGGAUCCACAAUCCGAACGUGCCUUCAUCAAGAGACGCCGGUGCCAGGUGGGCGAGGGGGCAGAAGCGGUGGAUGCAGACGCCGUCAUGGAAGCAGCCUUGAACGGAGAAUACCUCAGUCGAACAGUGCUGGAGGAGGAGUCAUGGCAGCAGAGCGAGAUGUACAAGAACAAGGUCAUGGCCUACUUGGACAAUGCCUUGCUUGAAAGUGAGGUCGAUCUAGAGCUUGUCGAAGUGGCUAUGGCACUGAAGACUCAUCAGCAGCAGCUGGAUAGCGGCCGAGUGAGGCGCGAGCGCGCGGUCGUAGAGAAGCUCCGGCCCGGUGGUUCUUCGUGGGUGGAGCUGCGCAAUCUCGCUGCAAACCGUGCCACGACCACCCUGUCAGAGGCAAACCAUUUCGUUGUGGAAGACCCCGGCCGAGCAGAUUUGACGGUGCUGAUGGCGGCAGGGCUUCAAGGGGGCAUCCUCUGCAAUUUGGCUUACGCGAAGUCGCGCGGCCAGAAUGGAGUGGCCUUCGCUUUUGACCCGGCCGUGGCAGUGAAGCGCGGCAUCUUUCUGUCGGACCGUUUCUGUGAGUCCCAGCCAGAGCUGCUGCAGGUGCUUGUUUCUGCAAUAGCAUGCGCCAGCUCCAAGUGGUCAAGAAUUCGAUCUUUGGAGGAGUUUGUGGACCGCACUCUUAUGUUCCGUGCGCAGAAGCGUACAUACCUGUGCAUUGGCUUGUUUGAAGAUGAGGAAGCCGCUCAGACUGCAGACGAGCCGAACAUGUUUGUUGGCAAGGCGUUCCUGAAAUUCAUAUGCAAGUCCGCAGUUGUCAUGACCGGG